GCCUAUACGAUUACGGAGUUGUCAAAAUUCGUGCUUGGCUUGCUCUGGUCGGUGACGUUUUAAGUUCUAAAAAAAUACUUAUUUCCAGUAUAAAGCACCCUACUCUGUCUAGUUUGUGAUUAUUGCAAGUGUGAUCUUCUACAAAACUUACAAUUGGAUCGAGUGAGAAUUCUACACACAGAUAAUUAACAAGCGAGUGCUGAUCUACUACGAAAGGUAGUUAUGGCUUUUCAAUCUCCAAUGCCAAGCAGAGAGUUUUUGUGGGACAUAUUCCGAAGAGUGGAUAGAGAUCGUAGUGGCUAUAUUUCAGCAGAUGAGCUGCAACAAGCGCUUUCCAAUGGUACAUGGAACCCGUUUAAUCCGGAAACUGUUCGGUUAAUGAUCGGAAUGUUCGACAAGCAAAAUAGAGGUGCUAUUACAUUCGAAGAUUUUGGAGCACUAUGGAAAUAUGUUAGUGACUGGCAGAAUUGUUUCAAAUCGUUCGAUCGUGAUAAUUCCGGUAAUAUUGACCGACAAGAACUAAGAAAUGCCCUCACUGCAUUUGGAUACAGAUUAUCAGAUGAAGUGGUCAGUAUUAUGGUACAGAAGUUUGAUAGAUUUGGAAAUGGAACCAUACUAUUUGAUGAUUUUAUUCAGUGCUGUGUAACACUCUAUACUCUCACAUCAGCGUUUCGUCAAUUUGACACUGAUCAAGAUGGAGUUAUCACUAUACAUUAUGAACAAUUCCUGAAAAUGGUGUUUGGACUAAAGUGUUGGCCGUAACCGUUGCCGCCAUGGGUAUAGCUCGUGACAGAUCUGCGGGUAAAUAUUUUUAUACAAUCGUGUAGUAAGGUAUACGAGUACCUUUUAUCUCAUUCUUUUUCGUCUAAGACUUCUGCUGGCCUAUUCCAAAACACUGACUAAAUUUAGUCAUGGUUUAAACCUAAUGCUGUCUCCGUCUUCUAUUUAGCGAACAAAAGUGACAGCAUCAGUUUUAAACCAGGUUUAACUUGAGUCAACGUUAAAGGGUUCGAAACGCUCAAUGUAGACUCUUAUCAACCAUAAUCUUUUGUAAUAGAAUUCAAAAUUGUUGGAACUUACUGAUCUUGCUCAUAUAUACUGUAGAAUUUGGUCGACAAUAGCUUGAUGUUUUUGAUAUGAAACGAUCGAUGUACCCACACCGAGUCACGAAUUCUGAGCUAUUUUUUACAAGCUUUUAUUACUUAUUAAAAUUUUUGUAUAGAAAGUGCCAGUUUGUUCUUACUGCUUAGUUUUUAUAGAAACUUUGACGAUGCGAUACGAUUACGGAGCUGUCAAAGUUCGUGCUUGGAACUCGAAAUUUAAUAGCAGUCUCUCCUUCUCAUUCUGUAUAGAACAUGACCAGGAUAAUUCAAUUUUAGGUUUAGAGACGCAUUACAGCAUCGUUAAAUUACGCUGCGAGUCUGAUUAUGGUGUGCUGAAUAAUAUUGUAUUGUGUAGUAUACACUACGUAUGGCGUUUUCGUCUCAUUUUAACAAUUGAGGAGCUGCCGAACAAAACGUUAUAAUUAC